UGUCAUAAUAUCGUCUAUUUAUUCUCUCUGUUCUGCUUAAUAUUGAUUUUGUCUUUUGAAACCCCAAAAAUGUACGGUCAAUGUACCCAAAUCGGACAGUGGAGUGGGCUGCGCUACGGACCUUCAAGGGUAACCUUUAGUCGCAUUAAUAAUAGCUGUUCGAGUGUAUAUUUAGACAGCUUAGUCAGUGGAUAUGUACUAUAAAUAAGGGGACCAGUGUGGGAAUGGAAAUCAGCGUUUAUCAGUCAUCUGAUGAGGUGUGGGCGAGCCACCGCUCCACCGCUCCCCAAACAUGGCUGCCUCAUCUGUCCCUUCCACGGUCCCAGUCCCGUCCCCACCCAAACGCUUCCUGGUUCUCUUCGACUUUGACGAGACUAUCGUCAACGAGAGCAGCGACGAUGCAGUGGUGCGUGCCGCCCCGGGCCAGCAGCUCCCCGAUUGGCUGAGACACUCGUACCGCGAGGGCUACUACAACGAGCAAAUGCAACGCAUCCUGGCCUACAUGGCUGAGCAGGGCGUCACUGAGGACUCCAUUCGCUCCAAGGUCGAGCAAAUCCCCCCCACGCCCGGCCUUCUCACUCUCUUCCAGUACCUCCAGUCCCGCAAGCAGGACUUUGAGUUGGUGGUGGUCUCCGACGCAAACAUGUACUUCAUUGAGGCAUGGCUGGAGAGGGCUGGGGCUCGCCACCUCUUCCACAGGAUCUUCACCAACCCGGCCAGCUUUGACGCUCAGGGGCGCCUGGUGCUCCUGCCCUUCCACGCCCACGACUGCCAGCGCUGCCCCGAUAACAUGUGCAAGCAGGUGAUCGUACGCGGGUACCUGGCGCGGCGGCAGCAGGAGCGCGGCGGCUGCCCCUUCCAGAGGGUGUUCUACGUGGGGGACGGGGCCAAUGACAUUUGCCCCAUGCUGGCCCUGGGGCCCCGCGACACGGCCUUCCCCAGGAGGCACUUUCCCAUGCACCGGCUGCUGCAGGAGAUGCAGGACGCUGGGACCGAGGGCCUUAAGGUCAGCGUGGUGCCCUGGGCCAGCGGGCAGGACGUGGUGGACUGCCUGAACAGGCUGGAGGAGGAGAGAUGAGAUGGAGAAAGGACACUGCAGCUAGACAGGUACCAGAUUGUGUGCUGUCGGUACAAACAAAUCUGGGACCAGGUAUAGCACACAGAAGCAGGGUAGGAAUGAACAGAUUAGGGCACCCCCAAAAGUUAUUGUUAAAAGUAUUAAAGAGUAGGAGGAAAAUGUCCAGUGUUUUUAAGCAGGUGCUAGAGAUCCAAGAAUAUGUUUGUAAAAGACUAAAGAAGUCUUGACUUACUGCAAAUGAUGCUCCCAUGUGCUUCAUUGACAACGUUUUGACCGAAGGUAGACCUAAGGGUCAAAACAUUAUCGAUAAACCACACGUAAGCAUUGAUGAUAAGGAAGGAUACAGUACUUCAGUGUGAUUGCAGUGUGCAUAGUCUUCACCUUUUGGUUAGCAGUACUUCCGUAAGCAUUAAGAAUAUACAUUUUGGUUAACAGUACCAUCUCUGUAAGCUUUAAGAAUAUUAAUUUUGGGUUAACAGUCCCAUCUCUAUAGGCAUUAUUAAGAAUAUUAAUGUUGGUCCAGUCCACUACUUUGUAUGACACCUCCAGAAGUCAAUGUGUCAUUUGCACCUUGGGAUACAAGGGUUCUAAUCUUCCCACUUGGUGCUUGACGGCUGCAGUAUGUGUGGGUUUUUGUUCUACCCCAGUUCUAAAACAUCCUGCAGGUAUAGUGCUUUAUAAGUUGUUCUAAGCAUAUAUGAGCCUUUAUAAUGUCUUAUAGUAAGGCUUAAUCAAUCACAAUGCGUAGAUCACUAUUGAAAUAAGAUGUGUUGUUGGCUUGGGAUUAAAAAAAAGCCUCUCUGCACACUCUAGCUUUUCGAGAUCAGGGUUGGUAACUAUUGGGUUUGAAGACAGUGACCGUGUCCAAAUGCCCAUACUAGCGUACUAAAUAGUAUGCAACAAAAAAAAGAGUGUUAUAGUAUGUGAAAUUUCAAACAUAGUACUCCGAAUGCGUCAUCUAAUAAGCGAUUGCGUUGACUCCGGCCAUUCGUUCAUUUUGGUACACCGCAUCAAUUUAUCUGAUUAUCCGCUGUUUCCAAACAUGUGAGUCGGGAAAAAAUAUGGUGAAUUCUAAUAGAUCAGACGUCGAAAUGAGUAUGCAGUUUAAGUAUGUAGUACGCUAGUAUGGAUAUUUAGACACAAUCCAUGUUCUUUACAUGGUCCAGGAGUGUGAGCAUUGUUUUGUCCCGGCCCAGCCUUUAACACGCCUCAUUCUGCUUAUAAAGUAAGUGAUGACUGGUUGACAUAAGUUGACUAAUGGAAUCAUAUGCUCUAGUAGUGUCUGGUACCAAUGUCAACACACACCGUGGCUCUCCAGGACAAGGCUUGGGAUAGAAUGACACAGAGAUAGACGCCACUGACGCUCUGGCACACACUCGCUGACACCUAAUAUACAAGGGCAAUGUACACCGACUUGAGAUGCAAAGUGAUGCCCGUGCACCCGCGCUGCACCUCUUUGUACAGUGCACCCUCACAUUGUGAGAAACCUAUGAAACACUUGAGACAUGAGACAUUGGAAUCUGUGUGUGGUCCCAUGUCUAUCAUUCUAUUGACAUUGGAGUGUCUCAAUCCCUCCCCCCUGCUAUAACUUUCAUGGUCUCCUCAGACAUUUGAACCCAUUGGCCUUCCUUGAACACCCCCAUCUCCAGUGUUAACUCUUUCAUUGAGCUCUGAGACUUGACAGGGGAGACUAUUAACUAAUUGGGUCAACAACACUCUAUAUCUGGGUUGCUAUCCUCCCCCCCAAAAAAGGCAGAGAAUCAACUAAUGUCCUCCAGAAAUGGUUAUUGGAGAAUUGUUAUCGAAUUAUAGGGGAUGCCUGGAGAUGGUGGUGGGUUCUACCAUAAGACACCAGGGCAUUCCCGUAAGCAUUCAAAUAUGAACAUCUCCUCCAGUGAUAGAAAUACUACCUUGGUCCAGCACACUAUUUCAGUGCAACCUCACAUACUGAGUCUAUGUGCAUGUCUAUGUAAUUUGAACCCUAUAUAAGACAAGUGUGUGCUCAAAGUCGUAAAUCACUGUGAACAAAUGGCCAUGGGUUGGAGUGUUUGUAACUUUGACCCUGAUGCAACAAACAAACAAAAAUCCAAAAAGGCUUCCUUGAAAAUGAACAAACCUGCAUGUUGAUGUGUUAAUGUCAUCAAAGAAAGUACCUUUGACAAAUUAUGAAUCAGUGUUACAGCACUUAAAUGUGUCUCCGUUGUAACAAUAUAAUCUCUCAUCCAACCAUAAGCCUACUCAUAGGUCAAAUACGUUCAAAAACUUGUGCUGCGCUUGAUUUGGUUUGUCCGGGACAAUGGAACUAAUGGAAUAGUCCCAAAAGUGUGAACUUCAAAUCAAGGUGAAUAAAGCGCACCUCAAAUACUUUCAAGCAUCGGUCGUCCUCAAGUAUUUGAAGGUCUUCAAGCUACUGUAUGUAAUUGAUCCAGCUCUGGUUGCCUUAAGCCUCCAUGUUCGGGAUGGUAGCGAAAGAAGUUGGCGAGUAGAAACAGAUUUGACAACCAGGAUAACGCACAGGCCUCAACAGAUCCUGUCUGUAGCUUGGUCUCUCAGGGAGCGAUGAAGGAUGUAUAGAGCAUUCUGUAAUGGAGCAGGAAUAGCUGCUGAUGCAAAUAGUGUUUAUUUGCAUGUAUUAGUUGCAUAUCAGCUACAUUGCUGUGACCCAUGAUCAGCAUAUGAUCGGUAAAUCACAUUGGAGAUCAUUGAUUUGCUCUGUCAGACUAUUUUGAAAUGUUGGAGUAUGAUACUGAAAAGAGAUUAAAGUAUUUUAGUGGUUUGGUGAGAGUCAUAGUGGGACUUCACUUUAGCUAUCAGUUGAAUAUGUAAUACACUAUGCUGAGGUUGGUGGUGUUGUUGUACUAAUUCUGUGAUCACUAGAUAAUACAUAAUUGACCUGUAACUUGACCUGUAACUGCAAUCCAGACAUUAAGCUUGGCAUAGAAGAAUAUCCUUGUUUGAGUUUUGUGCAAUAACUGGCUUUAUGUUCACAGUAUAGGGUUAAGUGAAGAGAACGAGAGGAAGUGUAAUACUGUGAAACUCAUAUCCCCAAUGCGUCCCGCACCUAUGGGCCGUUUUCACUAUAUAAUCUCACCUCAACUUUCACUGAAAUGUGUUACAAAUGUUAAAGCCCCACUUAAACCAGAAUGGCCAGUGUUUUGGGUGCUCCUCUUGGCUAUUAUAUGAAUUUCUCUUGAAAAUGACGCCUGUGUGUGUUUGUGUGUUCUGGUUUGACGGCUUGAGAAAUGUCCUUCUUGUUUUGACCGGCAUUAGUCCUCCUGCAAUACUGAACUGACUGAUCCUCACUGUUCAACUUUAAGAGACGUUAUGCUGCGUACUUCAUGUUUUAGCCUGUUUGUCUUUCAUCUAGAAAUCAAUGAGACCAUGUGUGUAAUGUACCAUUGUAAUAGUAACAGGAAUAUAAAGCCAUCAACAAACUGAGCAGGUUUUCCAGAUUUAUUUUCAGCUGUGUUCACUGCAUCAAGUCUUUAAUUAGGAAACCUAAUAGAGAAUGAGUCGAAUAUAUAUUUGAUGAAUGUAGUUGAAAUGUUGACACCGUAUGACCAAUUGUAACUCCCUUGCUUUGGAAUGUGUCAACAAUUGAAACAAUAUUUUUUUAUUUGAAACAGCAUGCCAAUUAAAACAUGUCCCACCUCCA